ACUAUUGCUAUUUUAAAUGUAGUAUAGUGUAAUUAUGUAACUAUACAGUUUUGUUAUCUUUCAGGUUGAAGAUGUUAUGUGCUAUGAAAGUACGCAGUGUACUGUAGUUGGUCAAGAGUCUUCAUGUACUAGAUAUUCUCAUUAUAAAUUAUAUAAAAUUGGUUUAAAAACAGUGCAGAUCAAGCAAGAAAAGGAAGUCCUGUGGAUAAAAGCUAUAUUUAGUUCACAUAUCGUUAUUAAAUAUGGCAAUGAAGGUAAUUUAUCUAGUUUCAUUUUGAAAAUAUCUCUUGAACAAGACAAAAUGCAAAUUUGCUACAAUUUUGUGAUUCCAUUUUCAUCACUUCUUCUUAAUGAAUUCCACCAUUCAAGUAUGUUUCUCAGAAAUAGGGAUAGGAGAAAAAAGAACAAAAGCAUGAGGCAUCACAGUCUGGUACAGGAAUUCAAAACUAGCUCAUGAAGAGAGGGAAUACUUGGAUGAAAAAAUAGAUAAGUUUUUUUUUUUUUUUUCCCUUUCUUCUUCUGAACAGGACGUUGUGUUAAGUAAAUUAGGUGGACUAGAAUUAACUGAUACAAAAUGUCACAAAAGCAAAAGGAAAUCUCGUUAAAAGAUAAAACCUAAAUCUUUAAAGAAUUUGAUGAGAAUAAUGGUUCAACAAAAGUUUAGUUAGCAAAGAAAAUAGGCAUUCCUAUGACAACACUAAAAACAGUUCUUUAUGAGAGGGAAAAAAGGUUGAAGAAAGAGCAGAAAUUGUGAGAGUCCACUUUCAAAGAAAUUGCAUGUUCAAGAUGAAAAGCUUUCUGAGAUCACAGCCAUUUUGCUAAAACUUUUCCUUUAGUGUCAGUCCAAUAUUGCAGUGAAUGCCUCAUAUUAAGUCAAAAGAAAGAGCACUUUGAUUAAAUGUGAAGGAAGUUUGCUUUUCAACUGGAUGCAUAAAUUUAAACUGUGGCAUAUAAUCUCAGAUCAUGUAAUAAACGGAGAAUCAAAAAACAUUCCUGCUGAGUCAGUUGAAGAGUGGUUCGAGAACUUAUCUGCCAAAACAGUUGAAUAUGUAUUAAAAGAUAUUUUACAAUGCUGAUGAAAGUGUUCAUUUCUUUAAACUUAAAUGCCUGCUUUUUUACAGCUUGCAAAGGUGACCAUGGAACUAAGAAUGAGUUUGAAGGAGAUGUAAAGGUCUUUUGUUUUACCUUAUGCAGAUGCUGAUGGUAUGGAAAACAUGACUCCUGAAAUGAAAUGAUGAGUUCUUUUUCCUCCUUUGUAAUGAAAAAAUGACAAAAGUCACAAAAACAGGGUGCUUCAAGCAUGUUAAAGCUCUGCUAUUAGAAUAUAAAGAAAAUGAGGAAGCAUGGAUGACUACAGAUGUUUUUACAGAAUGGCUCAAGAAAAUAGGAAAAGCAUAAAAGUGUACCUUUUAUGGAUCAGUUUACCGCCCAUCCUGAAACAACAGAUUUCUUCCUAAAUGUGAAAGUUAUUUUCUGCUGGGCAAAUUAUAGUAGUGUUUAGAUCAUGUGUCAUUAAGAAUUUGAAAGUUUUUUGCAGUCAAAUAUUGAUUCAAAUAGUCCUUCAAAAUAUAACUAUAGGAAUUGCUACGAAUAUGAUUUCACUUGCCUGGACUUGAGCAAAAUUACAAAUAAUUAAAAAUUUUUUUAUUAAAGAGGGAUUUUCGAAAUCAGAGUCAAGUGAAAGUGUUGACUAUGAAAAUGAUAAUGAAACUGGAAUUAUGGAUGAAGAAAAUUAGAAAUUAUGGGUUUAGAAAUUACAAUCGAAGAACAUGUUAACUGUGAUGGUAGUGUAAUGAUGUAUCUUUACAUAAUUAAAAAACUAAUUAAAACCAUUUUACAAGAUGAACAUUUAAGUAGCAGGGAUGAAGAAGAAAAUGAAGAAAUAAUCCCCUUCUUUUUAAAAUGCUAUCUAUUCAUUUGCACCCUCAGAAAUUUCUUUGUGUGUAAUUAUACAAAUAAGGAAACAUUUCAAGAACUUAAUUCAAUUCAUAACACUUUGUGUAAAAUUCAGAAUCAAAAGAAACAUCAAGUGAUAAUUUAAGGCCUUUUUCUUUAAAAAAUGUUACUUGUUCAGGGUGGUAAUUUAAAUAAAGGUAUGACCCUUUUUCCCCCAAUUUUAUGUAACUACACACAGAAAUUUGCAUUAUUAUGAUUUUAAACAUAUUAGUGUUAAUAUUAUUUUUAAAAUACUAAUAUUAAUUAAAUAAUAAUUUUAAUUUUGUUUGAAUGUAUUUGAUAUUUUUAACAAAUUGAAAUUAAUAAAAUUGUAAAUCAGUAGUAGGUUAAGUAGUAUGAAAAUUGGGCAGUUAAUAUUUCACAUCGUAAAUUAACAUUUUAUUUAUAUGUCAUUUGUGAACCAUCCCUGGAAAGACAGUGCUCCACUGUAGUAUAAAAACAGUUUUAGCACCUUUGAUCACUGAAGUAGUCUCUUAUAAGUGCAUUCCAGGUAGAUAGUUUGAGUAAACCCCAUUUUCUCAAAAAUUCAUAGAGCUUUAAUAUAUUUAGGUAUAUUUCACUGAAAGCUGAUUUUGCUAAUGAUUACUGCACAGUGGCUAUGAAAGAGUCACUGAAAAUGAUGAAUGCUAUCUCAUAAAAAUAUCCAUAAAUCACUGACUAAAGAUUAGUAUAAAUUACUCUACAAAUAAAUAUUAAAAGUAAGCUAAGAAAUUUUAUUGAAAUUUUGUAAAAGACCUUUUAAAAUUUAUGAAAUUCAAAAUGUUUGAAAGAAAUUGUAAUAUUUUUAUUCAUUAAUGGUACUUAGUAUUUGCCUCACUUUAUUACUGAAGUAAGGAAAUGAAUUUUUCAGUUUAGCUGCAAUUGUUAAAUAUUUAUACUGAACACUUAUAAGAUGCUUUCUUUUCUUUUUUUUUUUUUUUUUUUUUUUUUUUUUUUG